AGAGAAUUGUGAGAGAUCUCAAAAAAAAAAAAAUGGCAUGGUUAGCUAGAUCCAUUGCGAAUUCUCUGAAGAUAGAUGAGGAAGAAGAUGAUCAAAAGGAAACGAUUAAGACCAAUUCAAUUGAAGAUUCCGGUUCCGAUCAACCAUCUUCUCCAUCGGUGUUGCAAUCACAGUCUCCUCGCGGCGUGAAGGAAGACAUCUCUGAACUCACCAAGACCUUGAGAAGUCAGCUAUGGGGCGUUGCUUCCUUCCUCGCGCCACCGCCUUCUUCUUCCGAGACGGCGGAUCAUGUGGAGGAGACACGGAAGUCAUCGGAUCUCGGGGAAGGUGAUGAGGAUCUGAUUGCUGGAAUUAGGAACGAUUUCGUUGAGAUCGGAGGUAGAUUUAGGACUGGAAUCUCGAAACUCUCUGGAAAUUUACCGGUAUCGGAAUUUACAAAGAUGGCUUCGAAUUUCUUGCAAUUGGGAUCGGAAGGUGUGGAUUCGAAGGUGCGUGAUGUUGCCGUUGGAAAUGCAAUUGGUGUGACGGAGGAAGUAGUUUUAUUUGCUAGGGAUCUUGCUCUGCAUCCUGAGACUUGGCUUGAUUUUCCUUUUCCUGAUGAAGAUGAUAACUUUGAUGACUUUGAAAUGACUGAUGCUCAAUAUGAGCAUGCACUGGCUGUGGAGAAUCUUGCAUCGAGUCUGGCUGCUUUGAGGAUUGAGCUUUGUCCAGCGUACAUGAGCGAGUAUUGCUUCUGGAGGAUUUACUUUGUACUUGUGCAUCCUUUAUUUAGUAAACAUGAUGCCUUGAUUCUCUCAACUCCUCAGGUACUUGAGUCAAGAGCACUAUUAUCUCACGAGCUGCUGCAUAAGAGAAACAAAGGUACAGUAUUGGUGCCAGAGAGUAGUGAUACAGGAGCUGAUAGUGCGAAUGUGGAACCUCUUUCUCAACCUACUAAUCCAUCACCCAAAUCAGAUCCAGAACCUGUGAAAACGAUCGCUGUCGAAACAAUACAUUCGACUGAGUCAUCUGAGGUUGAGACAGAGAAGCACACAGUUGAGAGCAAGGAGAUACAAGUUGUCGAUAAGCCUGUCAUUGAAGAGAGACCAGCACCAGCGUACCAUGACAAGCCGGUGCAGAGCCCAGUCACUGGUUCUUCACCUAGAGUUAUUGAUGUUCAAGUGGAUGAUGACGCUGAUGCUGAUGAUUGGUUGAAGGAAGAAGAUAAUUCAGGAACUGUUAGUGCCACCACGAACCAUCUUGUGCAGGAUGUGGAUGAAGAUGUGUCGUUCAGUGAUCUUGAAGAAGACGACGAUGACGUCCCUGUGAGUUACAAGAAAUGAUUCCUGAUUCCUUCAGACCAAAGACCUAACCAUUACUCGAAAAGGCUGGCUUCGGAAGAAUAAUGUCCCACGGCUGGUCAGGUAAGUUAGACGAAGAAAGAAAUCAAACGAUGGGGUUGAAUGUUGAUGACGAACAUGGAUGCUAUAUUUGUGAUCCUAUACGUUUAUUAAAAUUAUGUUUGUGAA